AUGACUCAGAAUAUCUACGACAAUGCCGGAUUCUUUACCAAAUAUUCCGCGCUUGACCGAUCCAUUGAGGGUCUUGAUGGCGCACCAGAAUGGCCGCGGUUGAGAUCUUUGAUCCCAAACCUCAAAGGCCUUGACGUUCUUGACCUUGGCUGUGGCUUCAGAUGGUUUGCUCGCUGGGCAAGAAACACUGGAGCCAAUUCGGUUCGAGCGAUCGAGAUUUCCACCAAUAUGCUAAGUCGCGCAAGAGCCAUGACCAACGACACAAAGAUUACCUAUGAACAAGCCGACCUCAACAACGUCAGACUCUCGGAAUAUGGCACUGAAAUCUACGAUGUGGUGUUUAGCUCACUGACGCUUCACUACCUUGACAAUUUACCCGGGCUCAUUCGACAAGUGCAGACUGCUAUCAAACCAGGAGGGACAUUUGUCUUUUCGAUCGAGCACCCCAUUUACACAGCGCCUACCAACCCUGAGUUCAUCACUGAAUCGGUAUCAGGACGAGAAUAUUGGCCACUUGAUAGCUAUCAGAAGGAAGGUCUUCGGGUGACAGAUUGGCUAGCGGAAGGAGUUCAGAAACAGCACAGGACUGUAGCUAGUUAUAUUAACCUGUUUCUCAAGGCAGGGUUCCAGAUAGCGGAAUUUGAUGAAUGGUAUCCCACGCCAGAAGAGAUGGAAAAAUGUGGUUGGCAACGAGUAUUGGAAAGACCGGUUUAUCUUUUGAUUUUGGCUGUGAAGAACUGA